UGCAAUCUUAGAUUUGCAGGUCGUGAGGGCUUAGAUUUUUCUAUCGCCCUCUUUCCAUUUUAUCUCUCCCAUUCCUCCUGUGAAAGGUGGCGUUGGCUCUCAAAGACGCACAAGUUGCGUUCCUUGUAUGGAGUUCCAUUGUAUUCCACAGAGUGUCUUUAGAGGGUAAUCACGGAACAGGCCUAACCUCCACCAAAAUGAACUUAUCGUUAAUGAUGGACCUAAUAUUAAAAAAUGGAUGCAUCUGAAUUCAGAACCGAUGUCUGGAUCACUAGAUAGGUAAACGGUGGUGUUUAUAGCCGUUUCCGAGUAGCAACUCAUCAAUCAAGCAGUGAAGUCUUGGGUAGUCGCCACGACAGGGGCCUGCAGUGCAAGCGGCUUCGACACUUGCAGGGGCCCAUGUUCAUGAGGAGCAGGAUGUGCCAGAGCAAAGUGGUGCUUAGCAUGUAUGCGGAUUUAUCAUUCCAUGGACCAGCGAAGCAAGGUACGGGUAUUCAUCCAUAUAUGGUAUUACUCACUAGCAGUGUUAGUGAGAAUUACAUCAUUAGAGGACUUGCGCGUUUACGAAAAAUGAUGUUCUCUGCAAUUCAACUCAUAGGCGAGGGUAGCUGAAUUUCCCUGCCUUAAUGUCCAGGUUAAGGAAUCGGAGAUCUGGUUUAGCGGCCUCAUUAGUUUAUCCCCCUCCACCCUCUCCCGGAAAAAAGGGGUUCGGUUUACAUAGGACACCGGGAGGGUCCGUAAUCUUAUUUUUCAUUUCAUAAUGCGCAGCACAUUGCAUGCUAGUUGAUUAAGAAAUUAUUCUCUCAUCGUAUUUCAUUCAUGCCAGUGAAUAUGUUGCUUCAAAUAUCGUGGGGCCCUACAAAGGGAGGAUUUAAUGGUCCAAAGCAGCUGGGAAACAUGCGUUGUUACUUAAAUAGGUGAGUUUUGUACUUUGUGUUAGCCUUUAGCAUCUUCUCUCUUUUUUUCGACUAUUUAGCUACGCCCUUUUCUGUAAAAAAUAAUUGAAUUCUUCAAUAUUCCACAGAGGGUUUGAUUCUUUGAUCGCUUUAAAUCGCAAAGACAAGUUGCAUAGAAAUUAACAUAAAAUGCUUUCUCAAUCACCAAUGGACCCAUUUGUUGGGGCCAUCGAUAACAUCGAGAUGUUGCACGACAUAAUGAAGUACAUCCCUUUCAAUCGGCGCACUCUCACUGCGAUGCGGUGCGUCUCCAAACCAUUUCGUAGGGGUGUGCAAAGCACUCAAAGCCCGUGGUCUGGCUACAAUGAAGUGAUGCUGUCAUGCUACGGCCAGUGUGUGCUUUUCAAUGCCCAGGAAGAUGACAAGGGCAACAGUUGCUUUAAGUUGAUUUCAAUUUCGCCCAUCGGACGUAAAUUUCAGAACGUAAGUGCGAGGGUACUCAGCCGCUACCACACACGCGUCGCCAACGGCCUCACCAAACUGGUACUUCAUUACUCACACAUUGACAAUUCUUCCUUUGAGACUCUCGCUACUUUAUCAAAUUUAAAAGAAUUAGAGCUAGUCUCAUGUCGCGGCUUGACCUCCAUCAAGAAUAUUAGUCUCAUGAAGAAGCUUGAAAGGCUUGAGGUGGCUUUCUGUCCGCUGGAACCCGAUGGCGUUCAGGAUCUUUGUCUCCCCUCACUCAAGAGUCUAAUUCUCCGCUCUUGUCAUAGACUGAGCGAUCUCAACGAGAUCGCCAGCGAGACCGCCGCAUCGCUGGAGGAGGUGACCAUUGAGAAUUGCAAUGCGUACGACGACACCUCCAACUUCUUCCUACUUAACCUUGGUCCCCAUCUUCGUGUGCUGUCUCUUUGUAGUACUCACAUUGAUAGUGCUCUCGCGUUGGUUACGCAGAGGGAUCAAGUAUCAAAUCUAAACACGCUCCAGCUCUCUGACACACCAAUCCGUAGUGAAACUCUUGACCAAAUUACCCCAUUUCUGGAAAACAGCUUAGAAUACUUGUCAUUAGAAAACUGCAGAAAAUUGAACGGCUUUGAGUCUCUAGGGAUGUUGCACCAGCUACGCUUCUUAGACGUUUCACAGGCGGAGUUGAUUGACGGCCUUGAUGUGCUUACUGCAUGCCGGAACUUAGAACUCUUUCGGGUGGCCAACACCCCUGUAGAGGACAUUUCCUUUCUCGGGUCAAUGCAAUUUCUUCGAGUCUUGGACGCACCGGCAUCUAGUCUGACCGAUUGCGGGAUCUUAGCCCUCAAGGACGCACCCCAGCUGGAUACGGUGGUGCUGACUAGAUGUAUUCAUAUUUCCGAUCUGAAUGUUCUACUGACGUGCCCUCGAAUUCGGCGCAUCUUUUGUGCGCAAACAUCCAUUACAGAUGAAGGUAUUGCCGAUCUUGCGGAGUGUGAGAAUCUAGAGGAAUUAGAUAUUAAACUGACGUCUGUAAGGGAUGUCAACUUUAUGGUAGCCUGCAAGUCUCUUAGGUCUAUCAAUGUCUGUAGCACUGUGGAUUCUAUUGAAGGCAUUCAGGAGUUACUGAAUCGAAAAGAUCUAGAUGUGGUAUGUGAUUCAUUUGAUGGAAGCCAGUACAUGGAUUAA